GGAGGGAGGGAAAUGGAGAGAGAGAGAGUGUGUGUGUAUAACUUUGGGAAACAUAAGAAGAGGCAGCAAAGGGAACAAACUUUUCUCUCUUGGCUGCUUCCUUUUGGACUUUUUCACAUUUCAUCAAAGACCUCGGUGUUGACAGAGCGGAAACAUGGGAGGAUAAUUUGUUUGCUUUACAAGUUAAAGAGUAAUUUCAUGUUUUUGUGAUCAGCAGAGGUUAAUUUGUUUCGUUGUUCUUUGCAUUUUUAUCAAAUUAUUGCUUCACUGAGCUUUGAAGAAGGCGUGACCACCUGAAAUCCCUACAAAUUCAGCUCUCCCUCUCACACACACACACACACACACACACAUACACAUACACAAAUAUACAUGCACACCUGUUUUUGAGGAUUCCCCGGGAGCGCGGUCAUGGGCAUCUGCGUCACUGUUGCUUGAGGGAAUCUGUGCGUCUGUGAGGCUGUUAUCUGGUGGUGGUCCCGGUGAAUGUUACAGUAGAAGUUGACCUGCCAGUCCAGAGAAGAGGGGGGAGAUGUCAACCUACUACCCACGCACCAAGGACCUGACUCGCACCAGGAAGUCAGUGACAGAUUCACCACCGUCCUCUCCGUCCCCCACAGACAAAAACUACAGACAUGAAAGAUUGUCAAGAUAUGACUCCAGUGGGGAGAGUGUGACAGACAAACCAUUGGGCCGCACCAGCUCUUACACUCGGAGAGAGACAAGGCUGGCUGCUCUGAACAGACAGGAUCAAGACUCCACUACCAAAGACUAUAAGAAGAUGUAUGCAGAAGCUUUGCAUGAGAAUGAGAAGCUCAAGUCCAGGUUGCAGGACAGCAAACAGGAACUGGUCAAGAUACGUUCCCAGCUGGAUAAAGUCACUCAGAGGCACGACAGAAUAUCGGAGAGAUCUACAGUACUUGAAUCAGAGAAAAGGGAAAAACAAGCUCUUGAGAAAAGAGUGUCAAACAUGGAAGAUGAGUUAAAGAGCUUAACAGAGCUCAAGUCAGACAACCAAAGGCUUAAGGAUGAGAAUGGGGCUCUCAUCAGAGUCAUCAGCAAACUGUCCAAAUGAAAAGAUGUCUGAAGCUCCUGUUCUGUGUCUGUGGAUGCUCCAACCCUGUUAUUAUGGUAGUUUAAAUAUCCACAAUGUCCCAAGUUGUGACUCCUCUGAGUUAGGUGAUGGCUGCUUUGCACAAAUAAAUUCCUGUUGGGACUUGUGACGAUCCAAAGAGAAGUGUUAAGAAGUUUCACUCAAAUUUCACUGUGUGAUGAUAGAGUUACAAAAAUUGUUUCUACGUGAUUAGUAAUCAUAAUUUUGUAAUAUCCAGUGAUGUACAUUAAUAAAAUAGGGACCAGCUGUACUGUUUGAUAACCUUAAAAAGCCCAGUUUGAACAAAUCCAGAGGUUUGCAUGAAGGUACUGUUUCUAAUAAUAUAACCACACAUCAUAUGGAGACAUCACGUUUGUUUGCUACGUCACGCACCGCAGAAAAGUAUAAUAAUGUUGUCUUGAUUGUGAAAAAAGAGAGAAGUGAAGGGCCCCAAAGGCCAUUUUGGCAUGGAGAUAUACUGUAUUUUAAAAAAACGUUGUCAUUUCAAUGAGAAUAUAUGACCACACGGGUAAAAUAAGGCCCAGCCAAGCGACAAACAGGUGCUCUGGUUCCAGAAGCAAAAACUAGAUAUUAAUAUAAAUCCACCAAGGCAUCUGAGUAGCAACAACCAUUGAAGCCAUCUCAGAAGUGCUGUCAGAUGCAGUUCUUCUAAUGGCAAGUAGAUGUUUGCUCCAGACCAAGAAUGUAUUGCAAUGAAGGAGAAAAUGCUUUUGAUGAUUUGUUUUAUACAAGAUCAUAUAUAAAACAAAUAAUUGUGAACAUUUUUACUCUAGUAUAAAGACAUUUAGGCUUAUUAAGACACAUUGUUUAGGUUUGUGUUUGAGAUCAGUUUCUAUUUCCAACUGGUUAGAUAUAUUUUUUGUGACAGUGAAAUCUCUAUCAUUUCAAAAAUUCCAUUUUUGUUAACCUAGCGUAUGAUAAUGUCCCCACUGUAUUUGGUAUUUGAAGGGGGCUGUAUGCUAGUUCUGAAUAAUGGAUAUAAUGCACUUUGAGUAUUUGGGCAUCACAGCACUGUAUUAUCUUCAGACUGGUUUCACUUUCCAUGAUAACAUAAUUCAGUGUUUUCCAGAUUCUGUUCAUCAGUUCUUUGUGUGGUUUUAGUCGCCAUUCUUCAUUUUUUUACAGAGAAUUUUUUAUUCAAUGGCUCAGCUUCAAAACAGCAGAAUGGCUACACAGAGGAGACAGUCUGAGUGUGUGUAAAAGAAAGUGUCCUAUGUUCUGUAAUAGAGAUAUAUUUAUUUAUUUAUGCACUUUCUUAGUUCUAAUCUUCAUGCUUUGUUUACUCCAUUUUCAUUCAAAGAAAACACACCAAUUGUUUUGGUUGACUUCUUGGCCAUCCUUCUGUUAGGUGAUGAAAAAACGCAAAUGCCAAAAUCUUGGUAGAUGCGCCGUAAAUCACAGCUGACAUUUUAGCCUCCACAAUAUUGUGUGAUUAAUAAUAAUAAAUAAAUCUCCAAAAUCCAACUUUGGAGGAACUGUUGCUUGCACUUUUCAUUAUAUGUUGUGUAGAUUACAUAUAUUUUAAACGUUGUUGUGUGUGUUGAUAUUUUUUUCACGAUAAAUUAUGUUAAAUUAAUUGUUGCCUAACUACACUGAGUUGCCAGUUUAUAAAGUACACCUACCUGGCUACAUCUAGUGCAAUCACAUACUACAACCUGGCAAUAAAUCCUGGUCAUCUGGUUAUGGAGGCCGAAUUUACUGAUGUUACUCCAUUGCAUUGCAUUAUACUAAAAUGUUCUUCAAUAUUUGGGUUCCACAAAGUGUGUGACUUUUUUUUGAAUGUUAACUAGAUGGUCUACUUAACAUGAGAAAUACAAAUAGAACUAGAAAGAGGCUGCUGCCUUGUAGUGGUUUUUAAUGUGGCUUAUGGGGUGCCAUCACCUCAUAUAUUCUGAAAAGAGUGAAGGUAGAUAAAUGUCAUCUUAUCAUAUUUAAUGUAUGAUACUGCCAGACUCCGCUUGCAUUUAAUAUUCUUAAGCUGUAGAGUUGCUACAAGUGAUGAAUGGUGUGCUGGAGACAAAAAAAUGGUUUUGGUAUCUGUCUUCUGUUCACUUUAAUGGAUGAGUUGACCAAAAUCCCCAGGGUCUGAUGUAUUCCUCUAACAAUACAAUGGUUUUGGAGUCCAGUGUUAUAUUUGGUCACAUCCGGUACUCGUGUACUCAAAACUACAAAUAAGAUACAGCUAUUUCUACACACGCUGUACCUUUAUUGAACUAUGCAGUUGAACUAUGUAUUGAAAAUGUCUGUAAUGUGUUGAUAGCUUAAUAUACGCACAUUGGUUUACUCACUUUGCUUAAUAAACUGUAAAGGAAUGGAAA